CCGUAAAACUUCCGAAGCUAGACGUGGCGCACAAAUUAGCCGAAAAGUGGAUCAUCUACUCUCCGGCUCAACCGCCAAAGAAUAACCAAGCUGCAUUUCGAAUCUGUUCACAGAACAAAACAAAAGAAACCGAAAAACAAAGGCCAUGGCGAAGAAAAUGGUGCAUGUCAGCGGCGGAAUUGGUAAAAAGAGACGCAUCAAACGGAGCAAGAAGAAAUACAUUCACAAAGUGAUUGAUUAUCUGUUAUCAGACUGCUACUUAUUUGCACCUCUCCUCAUUUCUCCUUCACCCAUAGAUAAUUCUCAUGUCACACCCACUAGAGGUAUUGAAAUUAGAGGAAGAACAAAAGAUAGCCGGACUUUGGUGAAGAAGUUUCAGGAUUAUUUGCAAUCUGAUUGCUACAUGUAUGCUUCUCUGGUUACACCAAAAUCCCCCAGACUCAGAGGGAGAAACAGGGCGGGUUGAGUACGUAAAGAAGGUAUCAGGGGAAGUAGUAGUUAUGAGUGAUUUUGUGGAAGCUACGGUUAAUGGAACACCAGACCGCUCCAUCUAUUCUAAUUCUCCAUCUUUAACACUUUCAGGUCCAAUUUUCUAGAACGUAAUUAAUUCAAGCUUCUGUUUUCGAUUAUUUUGUUUUAUGUUUAUCUAUUCAUGGUUGGGUUUCUGUAGGUGAGCGUGACCCAAAGGCGAGGAGGAGGAUUGUUGUUGAUUGAGCUUUGUGGUUAUUGUUAGAACUUUCUUUUUCCUUCUUCUUCUUCUAUAGAAUUAGUUGUGGAAGUUGUAUGAAGUAGUACUGUAAUGUUUUGUAGGAAAAACUAACGUGGGAUUUGGGAGCAUGUAACUUUGUUAAGUAUGUAUUAAAAAGAUUGGAUGUUUCAUAAUUUAGAUCUAACUUGAAGUUGAAGCUCUAUUAGUCUCUUUACCCCAAAAUGUUGAGUUCGUCCUUGUCACUAUUGAUACCUCGAUUGCCAUUCUAGCCACUAUCUACGACGUCCAACGCUGGCCACCACCUUCAAUGACUUCCGGUUGCCACCAACUUAGGCCACAAACUUGUAUAUACAAACAUUUUAAGCAUUUUUAAUUUUAAGAAAGAGUUGUUAUUUUGUACAACUUUUGUUGACUUUAUGGGAAA